AGCCCCACCGGGACGUACCGGUCCGUGGGAGAGACGUACUCGGUGGCCAGAGGGCUGAGGACGAGCCCCGGGAACCGCUGGCGGAGGCGCAGGGUUCGCAGCAGCCCCCUUUCGGGCCAGUUUCCUCCCGGUGCACCUCUUGGGAUCGCAGUGCCCGAGCUCCCACAUGGCAAGAGGGCAGGGGAGCUUCGCCUCGGGGCCCGUCCCCGCGCAGCCUCGCCUUCCAGGCAGGCUGAAAAGAACAGACGCGUGUUAGAUCCCAGCAGCAGCCCGGCCCGGCCCCACGCCCCGGCAGCACUCAGCGCAGGCCCCGUGUCCGGCCCGGAACCCCCCACGCACUCCGCACCUCUCAGCGCGGCCUCCGCGUCCGCCGCGAAAGUCUCGAGGGCUGCCAGCACCGCGUCGGCCGCGCCUCCGCGGGUUACACCGCCGGCCGCGCUCCAUGGCCCCACGCCUGGGCGGAGCCCCCGUCUUCCGCUUCCGCGGAAAAAGCCGAUGGCGGCCGCCUGGCUCCUGCUGCUGCUGCCAGGGCUGGGUAUCUUCGCCUCGGCGGGAAAGAUGAAGAUCGUCGAGGAGCCGAACACGUUCGGGCUGAAUAACCCCUUCUUGCCUCAGACGAAUAGGCUGCAGCCGAAGAUGUCUCCGUCUGCAGUAUCAGGCCCUGCACAUCUAUUUAGGCUUGCUGGCAAGUGUUUCAGUUUUGUGGAAUCCACAUACAAGUAUGAGUUCUGUCCUUUCCAUAAUGUCACUCAGCAUGAGCAGACUUUUCGAUGGAAUGCCUAUAGUGGGAUUUUAGGAAUCUGGCAUGAAUGGGAAAUUGACAACAACACCUUUGUUGGAAUGUGGAUGAGGGAAGGAGACUCAUGUGAAACUAAGAGCAGACAGACAAAGGUUCACCUUGUUUGUGGAAAAAGCAAUAAAUUGGCUUAUGUGUCUGAGCCGAGUACUUGUGUUUACUCUCUGACAUUUGAGACUCCUCUUGUGUGCCAUCCCCACUCUCUUUUGGUCUACCCAACUCUGACUGAACCACUACAAAGGAAGUGGGAUGAAGCAGAGCAGCUUCUGUAUGAUGAACUAAUAACAGAUCAGGGAUACAAAAAAAUGCUGCAAGAGAUUUUUGAGGAAGCAGGAUUUCUAAAAACAACAGAAGAAAAGGAAGAUGAAAUACAGAGUAAGAAACUAAGUCUGGAAUUUGAAACAGUGGAGAAGUGCAGGAAGGAAUACAAGCAACUUUCUAAAGAAGUAAAAAGACUUAAAGAUUUAUUAAGUCAGCAUGGCAUUGCAUACAAAGGAAAUUCUGGUGAAAAUACCGGUGUGGAACAUGAGAGUCACAAACAGGGGACUACAGUGACAAGUGCUCUUAAUGGGUCAAAGGAUGAUGAGCACCUGCAUGGAGAUACAGGGAUUUGGAAUGACACUGCAUGAAGAAACUUGGGUGGUGAACAGUGAGUUCAUACAGAACGUGUAUCGUGGCACUAAGAUGGUUUGCUGUCUGCAAGUAUUCUUGACUUGAUUUUCUGCCCUAGAGCAAAGGCAACAUUAUGGACCAAGGGCUCGCUGUUUCUGGGAACAGUUGGCUGGUCUCUGAGAAAGUGAAACUUUGCUGAGACUGGUAUUGCACACAUGUUUAGAGAUUGUGGUCUCCAGUUCCAGCUUUAUUUUCUUACAUCAAGCAUGGUAACAGAUGGUGGAAAUAAAAAAUACUUCGACUAAUGCUGGAAGAGGUAUGAACGUACAA